UUGAGAAGCGCGCCAGGCAGCAGCCAGGCGGACUGCCCCUCUGAAACAAGUGCGCAACAACACGUGAACGGCACGAGCGGCGCGCACCGCCUGGAAACCCGGUGCUUCAUCUUUAUUGCUUCUUUCUCUCUGCGGGGAUGGAGCUCACAGCCAAAAUGGAAAUUAUGCAGCAGCAGUUGAUGCCCGCCUGCUUCUUCUCGGCCGCAGCGGCGGCGCAGAGCAUCCAGCUGAGCCCGAGCUGCAGCAGCCAGAGCAGCCAGAGCAGCCAGAGCAGCGGGAAGUCCAAGCAGCCCAAGCGCGCGCGCUCCUCGUCCCCGGAGCUGCUGCGCUGCAAGCGGCGCCUGAACUUCGCGGGCUUCGGCUACACGCUGCCGCAGCAGCAGCCGCACGCGGUGGCGCGGCGGAACGAGCGGGAGCGCAACCGCGUCAAGUUGGUCAACAACGGCUUCGCCACGCUGCGCGAGCACGUGCCCAACGGCGCCGCCAACAAGAAGAUGAGCAAGGUGGAGACGCUGCGCUCCGCCGUGGAGUACAUCCGCGCGCUGCAGCAGCUGCUGGACGAGCACGACGCGGUGAGCGCCGCCUUCCAGUCCGGCGUCCUGUCGCCCAGCAUGUCGCAGGGAUACUCCGCGGACAUGAACUCCAUGGCAGGCUCACCCGUGUCCUCCUACUCAUCUGAUGAGGGCUCAUAUGACCCCCUCAGCCCGGAGGAGCAGGAGCUGCUGGACUUCACCAACUGGUUCUGAGCAUCUAAGGAUCAACACAUCAUGUUGAGCUUGGGGUGGUCCGGGAAGCGACUGGUGGUCCUCGAGAACAAGAUGCACUGCGUCCUAACUCACCAGUCCUCCACUGGCUGACUGAACAGGCCGCGAGGUCCUGGAAACUUGGGGAUGAUCAGCCCAGAGAUCUGCGCCAAAGGAUUAAACGAAGACGGUUCCCCCCCAGCAGCAAGGGGGAUCCUGGUCCGAUAAACAAAAGAAGUGGACUCACGCUCAUCGGCAGCACAAGAAAAACAUUAUUUAAAAUGUUGCUCCUCAUCUAUGCUAAAAAAAACCCACCCACUUUAGGAAACCUCUAAAUCAGUAAAUCUUCCAAGUCGCGGAUUUAUUCUAUUAAAUUCUAUAUCAAACGCCUUUUUUUAGAAACAUAUUAAGAUAUUUUUGUAUGUAAGAGAUUUAUAGAUGUUUUGUACACAUCCUUUUGUAUAUAUUUUGAAUAUAUUGCGAAGUUGCUUCUAUUACCUCCUGCUAAUGCAGAUCUAUUUCUCUGGCUCUUCUGUUCACGAGGUUUCCAGAAGGAGUUUGACGCUCCGAUGUUUGAUUCUAGCACCAAUGUGUCUUAUUUAAUGGCAAAAACACUCAUCUUGUUGCAUUAUGUGUCACAAUGAUCAAAUCUUAUGCAGCUAUUGUACCAAAACAGUGCGAUGGCCAUGCGUUGUAUGUUUGUACUGCCAGCUCUAUAUCUGCUUACAUAAACAGAUGCUAUUUCUUUAUAACCAUAUUUUCUACAGUCUGAGAAU